CUCCCCGAGUCUCCUGUCUCCUCCCCAUAUCAAGAAGCAAGGAACCCGAUCGGGAACAGUUCCACCAUUGUUGGCCGGCGAACGAGCUCUCCUCGUUCCUCGGAGAUCUUGAUCCGGAGCUAAUAUAAGCCAGGGUGCCUCAUCCGAUCACCUACUUCCAUAGUCGGCUACCGCCUAUAUACCACGCUCGCUCGCCCCUGCUUUUCCGUACCUGCAACGUCUUGGAGUCUUGUUGUAGCCCGCUGCUUGCGCCCUCACUGACUGCAACCAGCAGAACGAAGCAAGCAUGGGUUGGGCGGCGGCAAUGGCGGCCGCCGUGGUGGCGGUGCUCUGCGUGGUGGCGAGAGGGGAGGUGGUGGACGAGUUCGGGGGCGGCGCGUCCUUCAUCUUCGGGGACUCGCUGGUGGACGCCGGGAACAACAACUUCAUCCCCUCGCUGUCCAAGGCCAACAUGACCCCCAACGGCAUCGACUUCGCCGCGUCCGGCGGCAUGCCCACCGGCCGCUUCACCAACGGCAGGACCAUCGCCGACAUCAUCGGCGAGAUGUUGGGCCAGGCGGACUACUCGCCGCCGUUCCUCGCCCCCAACACCACCGGCGGCGCGAUCCUCAACGGCGUCAACUACGCGUCGGGAGGCGCGGGGAUACUCAACGCCACAGGCAAAAUCUUCGUGAACCGGAUCGGCAUGGACAUCCAGGUGGAUUACUUCAACAUCACGAGGAAGCAGCUGGACGACCUGCUUGGCAGGGACAAGGCCAAGGAGUUCCUGAGAAGGAAGGCCAUCUUCUCCGUCACCGUCGGCUCCAACGACUUCCUCAACAACUACCUGAUGCCGGUCCUCUCCACCGGCACGCGGAUCUCCGAGUCGCCCGACGGCUUCGUCAACGACCUCAUCUUCCACCUCCGAGACCAGCUCACGAGGCUGUACACUCUGGACGCCCGGAAGUUCGUGGUGGCGAACGUGGGCCCGCUGGGGUGCAUCCCGUACCAGAAGACGAUCAACCGGGUGGGGGAGGACGAGUGCGUGAAGCUGCCCAACCAGCUGGCGGCUCAGUACAACGGCCGGCUGAGGGAGCUUCUGAUCGAGCUCAACGGCAACCUCCCCGGCGCCAGGUUCUGCCUCGCCAACGUCUACGACCUCGUCAUGGAGCUCAUCACCAACUACCCCAACUACGGGUUUGAGACGGCGAGCGUGGCGUGCUGCGGCAACGGCGGGUCGUACGACGGGAUGGUGCCGUGCGGGCCGACGACGAGCAUGUGCGACGCACGGGACAAGCACGUGUUCUGGGACCCCUACCACCCCAGCGAGGCGGCCAACGUCCUGCUCGCCAAGUACAUCAUCGACGGAGACAGCAAGUACAUCUCGCCCAUGAAUCUCAGGAAGCUCUACUCCCUCUAGGUUUUCCGGCCCCUUCUUCCUGAUCAUCUGGCCGUCAACGUCGAGCUUGCCUUCCAUUCCCGCGUGCAACUGUAUCGUCUGGGAGAAGUGCUCAGCUAAUCAUUUGUGUAUGUAAUUUGUGAGCCAGUGGCACACUGCAGAUACGAUUUUUUUUAUAAAAAGAUAGUUGAGAUUAAUCAGAAAGAGUAACAUUUAUCACUUUA